UCUCCACUCUCCUCUUCAUCACCUCCACAUCCAUCUUCAUGAUAUCGUGGUCAUCAGCCUCAUCUUCAUCAUCUUCAUCAUGACUCCACAGCGCCUGAGCCUCCUUUGCGUCCCCCUGCUGGUGUCAGCCUGUGUGCACCUCUGUGGGGGAGGGGCAGUGAUGGGCACUGUGAUGGAAUGUGUCUCAGGAGCAGAUUGUGUUGUUCAGUGCUUCGCUGAACAUGUGGAGGGUGUUCAGUACCGAGCUGUGAGGUGGUACAGGGUCAGAGAGUCUUCAUCGCUUCAUCUCAGCGGCCUCCUGACCCGACGCCUCCCCAACGGCACGACGACAUACUACUAUGGUCUGGACAGAGAGGUGGAGCUGCUGGACGAGUCCCUCAGCCUCUACCUGCCCAACGUGACGUGCAGCGAUGGCGGCGUGUACAUGUGUCACCUGGCAGCACCUUUGGGAGAGCAGAACAGGGAUGGGCAGGUCCUCCUCAUUCUGAAAGAUUGUCCCGAUGGUUCCAAAGAAAAACUGACCAUCGAUGACUCUGUUAUUUUGGCCACAGUCGUGCUGAUGGUUGCACUCAUAAUAUUCCUCAUAAGCUUCAUCAGUCUGAAGAGUGUCCUCCGAGACAAAAACAAUAAAACUGUGACACAAGAAACUUUGUUGGAGUCGACGCUUAGACCGCUGGAAAAAAAAGACUUGAUGCUGAUCUACACUUUGGGUCCAAAAACAUACUCGAUGAAGCACGUCUGUGUUUAAAGGACAAAACUCACUACCUCCCCUUCUGUCCUCUUCGUCACACGUCCACAGUUGGUGCUACUUGUUUGUUAAUACUGUGAUAUUCAGUAUUUCAGAUAAACUGUGGAUGUUGAGUAGUGGAUAAAAAUGUGAAUCUCCAAGAUAAUCUGUUCAAUGUGCGACAGAUUAGAAAUAAAAAUCCCUUGUAGCUGCUGUGAGGAACUGAGAAUAAAUCUUUGUGACACACUUCUGUUUUUACAUCCA